AUGGCCGCUGAGCUGCUUAGCAUUGAGCUGACCACCGGCAGCGGAGGUGUGCCUCUCGUCGCGCGAUCCCGCACCACGCAUCGGCGGACUCAACCGGCGGUCGCUGUGCUGAGGCUGCCCCUCGCCGCGGCGGUCGCGCCGGUCAUGGUCGCGCCUGGGAUCGUGGGACCGAUCAUCGCGCCGAUCGUACAUGUCGCGCUCGCGCUCGCCUAUGCUUGGUCGGUCGUUGCAGCCGCGCCGCUCAACGUGCCGCCCGUCAUGAUGCGGCCAUCGCUCGCCUCGCAAUGGCUCGUCGCGCCAUCGCUCGGCGGCGUGUGGCUCAGCGUGCCGUCGCUGCUCGCGGCCACUGCACCAAGAGUCGUCGUAGCCGCGCCGCUCGUCAUGCCGCCCAUCAUGGUGCCGCCAUUGCCAACGCUCGUCGCGCCGUCGCAGCUCAUCCCGCCGCGGCUCAUCGCGCGAUCGCGACCGCCGUCGCGGCUCGCCCCGCCAUCGCCGCUCUUCGCGUCCGUACUCGGCGCGCCGUUGCUCAACACGCCAGCGACGCUCCUCGCCAUGAUGGGACAUCCGUACCAGGAUUCCAACUUUUUGCGGGGACGGACCGUGCUCUAUCGCGAGGCCUGCGCGAGUCUCGUCCACGCGCGCUCCACCUUCUUCUCGGACCUCAACGCGGCGCUCGAUGCCGAUGUCUUUGAUUCUGCCUUUCGAUUCAAAUCGCCGUCGUGGCUCGCGAAGCGCGCGGGGCAUGAGCUGUUGGCGCGCCUAUGGCGCGGAGGGCGGCGUGCGAUGGCGGAGGCGGAGGUGGCGCCAGCGGAGGCGGCGGAGGCGGAGGCCGUUCCAGCGGAGGUGACCAUGGUUCCAGCGGAGGUGACCAUGGCGGAGGCGGCGCCGGCGGAGACCGCGCCCGCGCCCGCGCCCGAG